UCACGCAGUGCAUUGUGGGUAGGUCAUAAGCCGCUACUAGGACGCCAUGUGCUUUUGAAACGGGGAGGCUGAAAGAAGACUUGCCUGUGUGAAACCUGCUUUGCUUUCAGAGGGACACUCGGGGGUCACGUUAACAUGUACUGCACCACACGUUGCCUGCGGACCGCGCUGCGGGCGGCAGCGACCACUCACCGGAAACAGCUCCAGCGGCAGACACCAGCCUUGUGUGCACUCAGACUUCUGCAGACGACUUCAUCGGCGCGCACCGAUGUCAUUGCCACCCCUGCAUUAGAUGGUGCACCCAAACAGUAUUCCCCCAAAAUCCAGCAGCUCGUCAAUGACAUAGCCAGCCUCACUUUGUUAGAAGUGUCAGACCUCAAUGAGCUGCUAAAGAAAACUUUAAACAUUCAGGAUGUUGGAAUGAUGCCAAUGGGGGCGAUGGCGGCAUCAGCUGCACCAGUGGCUCAGGCUGUGGAAGAGGAGGAGGAUGUGCCGGUUAAGAAAGAGCAGACCCACUUCACGGUCAAACUGACAGAAGUAAAGGCUGCUGAGAAAGUGAAGCUAAUAAAGGAAGUCAAGAACUGCAUCCAAGGCUUGAAUCUGGUUCAGGCUAAGAAACUAGUGGAGUCUCUUCCUCAGGAAAUCCGGGCCAAUGUGUCCAAAGAUGAGGCUGAGAAACUGAAGGCAGCGCUGGAGGCAGCAGGCGGCACCGUGGUUUUAGAGUAGACUGCCGUCUUCGCUCUUUCUCCACCUGGUUGCUGCUCAUGCACUUCGUCCUUUAUUCUACUAUUUCUUUUUAUACAUAACAAAGAAGAGAGGAUCCCAGGAGAAGGGGAAAUGCCUUCUGACAUUAUUACUGUCUCUUAACAGCGUCAGGUGGGGCGGCACAGCUCGGACUGAACUUUCCAGGCACGCGGCCUGUAUGAACAGCCACCCAGUUCUUUUGUCGAUUGGUUUGUUUCACAGCUGAAAAGAUACAGUAACACUGGCUUAUGUGCCACGUGUUUGGUUAUAAUGUGUACGUUAACCUUUCAAAGAAGGAACGGUCAUGCUGCUGUAGGCUCCUGACCUUGUGUGAAGAGCAUCAGAUGUAUCCAGUACAAGGAGUGGCAGGUUGUUUCCCAUGUGCUUCAUAGAAUUGUUAAUAUGAUUAAAGUUGACAUACCCUCAUGUCACUCUUAUGUUGA